AUGUCAAAAUCUUCGUUUUCUAUUAUAAGUAAUCAAAAUUAUCGUUAUGAUAUUUUUAAGUGGCUGUGGCCAAAACGAGUUUUUGUGUUGAUUGGCACUGCUAACCCGAUCAAAGGCGACCACACACAUUUCGCUGCGGUAAAGCAGGAAUACAUCUUUGAUGGUGACGAGGAGAGUCGAAACGUUGGACCUCUAAUUAAGCUUCGUACUGGCAAAGAAGAAUGUACUAAAUUACACUUACUCUCGCAGCAUCAACCUCUUGAAAGCACUGCAUGUAGUGUCUUCAAACAAAUUGUAAAUUUCCAUCCAAAAAAUCAUUAUUUGAAAAUCGCCGCAGUGACUCAAUUUGAGCCCGCCGAUGCUCGAAAAAUGGUCCCAUGUUUCGAUGAACCAGAGUUCAAAGCAGUUUGGAACGUUACUUUAAUUCAUCCAGCAGAGACAAGAGCAAUCGCAAACACAAUUGAAAUGGACGUGACAUUGUAA